GAGAGAGAAAAGCUCGAGUUUACAAACUUUCCAUCGGGACACAAACUCUGUCAGCGUUACGGAGGAAUAACUCUCCAAACUCUCAAUGCGGGACAACAUCAGAUACACUUUUAUAGCUUCAUGACAACUUUUUAAAGACUUUUUAUUAAGUAGACCGAAACUACUUUUUCCAAAGAGAAAAGAAAAAAAAAAGAAGGAAAAAACAGGCCCAGCCAAAAAAACUUCCUACAGUUUCCCGGAUUCUUUUUAAUCGAGUAUUUUCAUACUCAUUUCGGGGUUUGCGCAUUUUUAUAUCAAACAAAAUGAGCAGUAACCCUCUCCAGCCGUUACCGGGCCAGCAGGUGAUCCAUGUCGCCAAAGACCUCGACACGGAUCUGGAGGCACUGUUUAACUCGGUGAUGAACCCCAAGCCCAGCAGCUCCUGGAGGAACAAGCAUCUGCCCGAGUCGUUUUUCAGAGAGCCGGACUCGGGCUCGCACUCCCGGCAGUCGAGCACGGACUCCGGCAGCCUCCCUCCGCGCUGCCCGGUGGCGCACGUCCGCUCGCACUCGUCCCCGGCGUCGCUGCAGCUGCCCGCGGCCGCGCUUGGCGCUCCGAGCCCCGGGAGACACCACUCUCACACCCGCCACCAGUCCUUCGAUGUGGCCGAGGAGCUGCCGCUGCCGCCCGGCUGGGAGAUGGCGUACACCCCCAGCGGACAGAAGUACUUCCUCAAUCACGUUGAGAAGAUCACUACUUGGCAUGACCCCAGGAAGACCAUGACACCCUCAAUAAACCAGAUGGGUCUGCACAAUCAAGCCUCCAACAACGGCAACAUACAGCAGCGCUCCAUGGCCCUCUCUCAACCCAACCUCGUGCUGAGCCAGCAGGCCCAUCAGCAGCAGCAGCAGCACCUCCAGCAGCAGGUCCAGGUCCAGGUCCAGGUCCAGGGUCCCCAGCAGCAGAGCCCUCAGCCCAUGAUGAACAUGAGCGCCCAGCAGCACCAGCACCAGCAGAAGAUGAGGCUCCAGCGCAUCCAGAUGGAGCGAGAACGCAUCCAGAGGAGACAGGAGGAGCUCCUCAGACAGGAGGUGGCGCUCCGGCAGCUGCCCAUGGACUCUGAUAAUAUGGCAGCAAACAUCAGCUCUCCACCAAUGACGCAGGGCAACAUGCCCAACAACAGCUCAGACCCCUUCCUCAACAGCGGGCCGUAUCACUCGCGGGAGCAGAGCACAGACAGCGGGCUGGGACUGGGCUGCUACAGCAUCCCCACCACUCCGGAGGACUUCCUCAACAGCAUGGAGGAGAUGGACACAGGUGAGAGCAUGGUGCCGGUCAGUAUGAGUGUCCCAGCGCAGAGCCGUUUCCCAGACUUCCUGGACUCCAUGCCUGGCACCAACGUGGACCUGGGCACCCUGGAGGGAGCCGACCUCAUGCCCAUCCUCAACGAUGUGGAGUCGGUUCUGAACAAGAGCGAGCCCUUCCUCACCUGGCUCUAGACUCACUCACACCACACUAAAGACUCUUUUAUAUAAAUACAUAUAUUAUAUUAUAUAUUCGAUCAGCCUCUUCCUCCGGUUUUAGGUGUAAGAUUUGUUCCCUCACUUCACCACGAGUCGAAGAACAAUACCAAAGUGUUUAGCCUGCGAACAAACGAGCGAGCGCGCAUCAGUCGAAGCGUAGUGGAGGAAGACAAGUGUGUUUGUUUAGUAGACUUGGUUCUGACUGUUUGUGUUCAGAAUGAUCACGUUGAUAGCAGAAACAGCUGAAUAGUGUUUUGAUCUUGUUUAACAGGCACGCUUGUGUGUUUAACCCAGAAUUAGAGCUAGUCAAGCUUUACCGACAGGUUCGGUGAGUCUCACCGAACCUGUCAACAACGUAUGCAAGCUUAUUUCCGCCAUGGAAUUAAAUGAUCAAAAGGUAGUCGCGACUUUAUUCACAAUUUAGACUUUUUCUUGCAAUUGUAAAUUUGUGUCUCGCAAUUCUGCAUGUGGUCAGGUAUCUGAAAGUGUAAGUGAGAUUUCAGAGAAAACCACGCCAAAAUAUGAGAUUUAAACACCCAAUUGUUAUAAAUAAAAGAUUGCAUUGUUUACAAAAUACAAACUCACAAUAUUGAUGUUUUUCUCAGAACUGAGAGUUUUCUUCGUAAUUUGGAAUUUUUCUUAGAACGGCACGUUUUCUCGUUAUGUUGACUUUCUCAGAAUUUUCGAAUUUACUUCUCAGAAUGCUGAUGUUUUUCUCAGAAUUGUGAGUUCACUUUUGACGAUUCUUAUUUUUUGUUCUUAGAAUCGUUUUUAAUUCUCGUAUUUUGGACUUCUAUCAGAAUUGUGGGUUUAUAACUCGCGAUUUCAAGAUAUAAACUUCCAAGAAAAAAAGUCAAAACCAAAUAUAUAUAUUUGGAUCAAUGACAACAAAUAAAUUCCUAAAGAAAAUGAAGCCAGUUUUUAUAGGACCAUUGGGAUAUUUUGAAUAUUAAUAAAGCACAUUAAAUAGCACAUUAAAACACUAAUGCGAAUCAAGACGGAGAAUAAGAAUUAAGAACAAACUCAAAAACA